AUGGUCGUCACCUAUCUCCCCGAAUAUGAAAGCGACGAGACGCCACACCCGUCGCAUCACGGCCUCGAGCCCGCCAUCCCGCCCUUCGCCGGCCGCGUCGGCGGAAACCAGGACUUUGUCAUUGAUCGCAGCGAUCCCAAGAACUCCAAGGUGCUCGAAAAGCUCCCUGAUGCGGCGCCCUGCAUGACCCUGGCGGAGAUUUUCGAUCUGCGGGGAUUCCUCAGCGUGGAUUUAUGGAAAUUCGCCGUUCUCGAAUGCAUCGCCAGCAUGAUGAACGUCUUCAUCACCAGCUGGGUCACUACCCACCCCUUAUCCGCCACCACCGCCCCCCAAACCCAAGCCGGCGUCUACGCCACCGUCACCUUCUUCUCCCCCACCUUCGGCGGCCUCACCAACCUCCUCCUCACCCCGCUCCUCAUCUACACCUUCUCCCCGUCUAGCGGCGGCCACAUCAGCCCAACCAUCACCCUCGCCACCUUCUUCGCCCGCAUCAUCUCCUUCCCGCGCAUGGUCCUCUACCUCGCCGGCCAAACCCUCGGCGGCGCCUUAGCAGGCUUCGCUCUCCACAGCGCCUACGGCACGCGCGCCUUCACCGUCGGUGGCUGCCACAUCGACACCACCAUGGUCUCCGCCUCGGACGGCCUCAUCAUUGAAUUCUUCGCCUGCUUGAUCCUGAUUUUCCUUGCCUUUGGCGUGGCCCUGGAUCCCAGACAAGCUAAGGUCUUUGGCCCGGCUGUAUCCCCGUGGCUUGUGGGUGUGGUUUUGGGGAUUGUUACCUGGGGGACGGCUUUUACGCGGGAAGGUUAUAUCGGUGCGAGCGUCAAUCCAGCACGAUGUCUCGGCGCGUACGUGGCGAGUGAAUUCCCCACUUAUCAUUGGAUUCAUUGGAUCGGACCCCUCGCCGCAGCCGCCGUGCACGGACUCGUAUAUUUUGUCGAUCCGAUGUGGAAGGAUCCUCGGGGCGAGUAA